AUGAAACACCCAAUUUUCUUUUUAUUCUUUGUGUUGGCUACAAUUUCAGUAAUUCAUGCUACUCCUCAUGGAUUAACUAAACGAGCUACUCAAUUCACUCAAUGCGUUACUUUCGACAUUUCCGGAACCGCGCCAAUUGACAUUACCGAAGCUGCUGUUGAAGUCGUUAUUUACGACGAUAACGACUAUUAUCUGCCAGUCAACGGCAACGUUUGUGAACUUUAUAAACAUUGUCCUGUCAAAAAAGAUACCGAGUUUGACUUCCAGUUCUUAAUUAAACCGAAAGAUUUGCCUCAGAACUAUCACAUCGACGUCUGGAUACAUAAUGCAACCUGCUUUGCGCUAUAA